AUGUACAUUGACAGAAUGAUUUUCCCUGAAAAAUUGAGCAGUGAUCCUAUCGUCAUUGAUGAUCAUUGCGCUAUCUUGUUGGAGCCGCAGCCGAGAGGUUGUUUUCUUUUAGUUGCCUGUAAUAAGUCUUCCCGACGCGUAAAAAUAUGCGUGGACUUGACGCUGUCCACCCGGUACUGUGUUUUCCUACCAGUGGUGGGAACCGUCAACGUGGGACCGAUGAUAGUUGAAGCCACCAUGGCACCGUAUCGUGUGCGCAACAUUGGGCUGAUGGGACCUGAGAAGGGAACAAGGCCGCUGCAGCAUGCACAUCUAUUUGCCCAGUUGCAUUACGUUGUGCACGUUUUUGUUGAGGACGAAAAGGGGGUUAUGGUGCCCGCAUAUAAGUGGAGAAAAGGCACGAGAGAGAAAUCAACAGAACGCAUGCCACCCACGUUUUUACCCACAACCUCGACGGAUUUGUGGUCUUUUUUUUUACCUCAUCUUCGGGUGAAGGACUUCAUUGUGAGCAAACGAAAUGUGACAGCAGUUCCACAAGGUGAAGGAGGAAGUCAAGGGGAGAACGUGCUUGUUCAGGUUGACGAGAUCGCCGGUGGCGCGGCAUACCUUCUCAGUGCUGUAAACAGGGGACACACACCGCAGUUUCUCCGAUACAGGUGUCUAUUUGGAGGAGCGACCUCGCCUUUUGUUUGUUUUGUGCCAAUGGACGGAAUUAAAUGCGAGAACACAACGGAGAUUGAGGGAUAUGUGCCCGUUGGAGGCGAUGUUGCACUCGGAUGGGUGGUAAGGACUGGUGCUGACAUGCCACUCAGCACCGAAUUAUUUCCUCCGCAUGCCUUUACUGCCACCGUAUGCAGUUCUGGUGUAGCAGAAAAAAUGAUUCCUCAACGUGAGAAAGAUGCUACAACGAUCAAGCAUACAUUCAAAGAGCGAGCUGCCGGGUCUGUUGCGAGCGGCCGAACCUUUCUGCACUCCCAGCGGGGAUCCGGAUCUAGGACAGAUAAGAGUAGCCUCUCACAGAAUCUCUCACCGCCGUGUUUGGAGUGUUUCACUGUUGAUGGCUUAUCCCUGCGUGGUUUCUCGGAGCCUCCGGCAAACGCAUGCGCGUUAACCUUCACGAGGAGCAUCUCAGCCCCAGCAGCAAGAAUGGUGAGGGCCAAAUUCGCGUCUCCGGAUAAACAUGUUGACAAGAAUGUUUUGACAAUGCGGCAGACUCUACUGUCAGUCGAAUUGCCUGGUGGUGCGGCGCAGACGGAGGAGAGGAGUGAGGCGAGUGAGUCACUCGCGGUUCAAGGGCUGGAGGAGCUGGGUGAGGAGCGGAUGAUUUCUUUUGAGGAGAGCAGUGGAGUGGGGUAUGAGCCAAAUUCAUUUACCGAGCAUGGGAACGAAAUGUGCGGUUUUGAGGAGCAGCAUGUGCGUGAUUUGCAUGGUGGAACACCGGAGAUUCGCUUUGAGGAUGAAACACAGUUUGAGGCAGAGGUUGGACACCGUACGGUGUUAUUGGAGGCUACGCAAUCCGUUUUGCCCCUGUUUGUUGAACUGGGGGAGGACGAUAUGCCUGUCUGCGAGGAAAUGGUGAAUGAAGAUAGGGGGGAAGAAGAGGAAGAGGAAGAAAAGGCAUCCACUGCCACUGCAUCCGUGAAGCACAGAUGGCAAAAGAUUGAUGGUGAGGAAGCAAUACAGAGGAUUUCUAUCGAAACGGCGGAGACGAUUGAGUGGAAGGUUUUUCUGCAGCAGUGGCGGAAACCGCUCUGCCUUAUCUGCAAGCAGCCCAUCCCCCCCGGUGCGCUUGUCGUACAGGAGCCGUCAAGUGGCAACACGGUUCACUUCUUGUGCUACACAGAGGUGAGGCAGCAGCUGCAACAGCAGGGGCAAAUGCAGGAAUAUUCUAACGUUCAAAUUUAUUGCUUGCCACAAUUAUCGCGGGGAAGGAGUCAUUCAGUGGAAGGUUUACUCUGA